AUUUGCUUUGCUUUUGUUCUUUAAGAAAGCCGACAUUUAAAUCCCCUCCGUUAACCCGGAUUGCCCUGCGCGGACCUGCACUGAUAGGAAUAAAGCAUUGUGCUGACGUGCGGACACCUUGGAAUAUUAUUCCCUACCUUUAAUCGGAGUGACCAAGGAAAAACAAGCCAGUUUUUUUGGUCCUUAAUAGCCACCGGACCCGACUGACCGAUACUGUUCUGUCCGCGCCGCAGGCUCUCGAAUGGACCCGCAGCCGAGCGCGCCACCGAUGAACCUGCACAUCCACUCCACCACGGGAACGCGCUUUGAGCUGUGCCUCCCCGCUGAGGAGACCGUGGAGGGGCUUAAGAGGAGACUCUCCCAAAGACUGAAGGUGCCCAAAGAGAGACUCGCCUUGCUGCACAAAGAGACACGCCUGAGUUCAGGAAAGCUUCAGGACUUGGGCAUAACAGAUGGGAGCAAGUUAACUCUUGUACCAACAGUUGAAGCAGGUCUAAUGUCUCAAGCAUCGAGACCCGAACAAUCAGUCAUGCAGGCCUUGGAGAGUUUGACCGAAACACAGGUCAGUGAUUUCCUGUCUGGCCGCUCUCCUCUGACCCUGGCCCUGCGCGUGGGUGAUCACAUGAUGUUCGUCCAGCUCCAGUUGGCAGCACAGCACUCUGGCAGCCAGCAGUCUCAGCACCGGCAUCUCAUCUCGCGUAGCGGCUCUGACACCAUGACCGGACAUUCAGCAGCCACUGUGCCAACCACUGGCCUUCCGAACAGAGUCUCUCACAGUGCCCACCAGCACCAACACACACACCCACACCAUUUACAUACAUCUCUUCAACCCAGUCCCGUUAGCCCUGCAGCUUUCCCACCUUCCCCUACCAGACAGUCUAUACCCCCUGUGUACUCCACCUCAGCCUCAAGACACUGCAGUACCCCACCCCGGUCCUCGCCUCUUCCGGACGGCCUCUUCCGCUCUCAGCAGCCGCAAUCAGACUGCCACAACUCUGCCAACAUCCCUCCAGGGCCCUGUCCUGAGGCUAACUGCACCACUAAGACGGCAAGCAACUGCGGCACUCCCUCACGUUCUCGCAAACCUGGUGCUAUCAUCGAAAGCUUUGUCAACCACGCUCCAGGAGUCUUCUCUGGAACAUUUUCAGGCACUUUGCAUCCAAACUGUCAGGACAGUAGCGGUCGCCCAAGGCGUGACAUCAGCACCAUCCUGCAGAUCCUGAAUGACCUUCUGAGUGCCACGCGCCACUACCAAGGCAUGCCCGCCUCCCUCACGCAACUCCGCUACCAGACACAGUGCGGCGGUGCAGCGUCCCCGACGCCCUCUCCGCCACCCUCGCCGCCGGUCACCGCCGCACUCAGUGGGCUAUCCGCUAAAGCUACCUCUCUACCGACUCCGAGACAGGCAUCCCUCCACCCACUGGUGCAGUGCCAGAGUCAGGUCCGGAUGUGCAAGCCACCUGGUGACCGGCUGCGACAGACGGAGAACCGGGCGACACGCUGCAAGGUGGAACGACUGCAACUGCUGAUGCAGCAGAAGCGUUUAAGGAGAAAAGCUCGCAGGGACUCUCGUGCCCCCUACCAGUGGCUCCCCAACCGCAAGGCCGGGCGCAGCAACAGCAACAGCAGCAUGUCCAGCGACGGCUCGCUCGACCUGGACUUUGACGACUCCGUGUGGAAACCCGACGUCAAGGCUGACAUGAAGUCCGAGUUUAUCAUGGCCUGAAACGUGUCUUAAUGGAACAGAUAUGGAGUUUAUGUACAGGACCAGGAACAGUGUGAGACUGAGACUCGGUGUUGACUGAAAAAACAAACUCAAAAGCAUUUUCUGCUUCCCUUCAGACGUUUUUCACAAAGGAAGUCAAACUGACCUUUUCCCUUCAGCCUGAUUAUAAAAUGGACUGAUUUUUUGAAUGGCAGAAAAGAACUGAAUCAAGAAAGAAGCAUAGCAGACUUCAGUGGUGUUGGGUAUUUUUUCUCCUUUCCAAAGGUGAACACAGGAAUGAAAAUCCAUCCAGGGCAAUUGCAACAACCACAAGUUCAGAAACCCCUUGUUUUCUUUUUUCUUUCCCAUAGGGGCAUUCACAAUUUUCAAGCCAUGACACAAAUCUUGAAUGGGGGUUUAGUUCUUUGUUUUGCAGUUUUUAUUACUAGUAAUCAAUUUACUAUUUUGAAACAAAAUAUGUAGCAUUACCCACUUAGCAUUCAGGUUUUAAUCUUAAGGAUGAGGUUUUUUUUGCACAUAUCUUUUCAUAGACUUUCAAUAGAUGGUAAAACUUGAUAAAAAAGGUACAUGAUCAGCAUCGAAACAGACUGGUGUACUGACAGGUUUAAGAGGUUAACACACACAUACACACAAACUACAGUGAAACAAACAAGAACGUCUAUGCUUAGACUCCUAUUACUUAAACCGUAUUGGCUGUUUAAAAGCAUAAAAUAGGGUGAUAUCGUUUCUUUCUCAUUUCUAAGUAACUCCUGAUGCCUGUGUUGGAUUGGUACGUUUACCACAUUGAAAACCAUCAAAAUUACUCAGGCUUAAAUUGUUCCUUGAUUUGAAAUUCGUUAUAGAACCUGCAGUUUCUGUCCCAUUAAACAUUUAGUCCUGAUUUGUGUAAACAGGUUUGCUUUGCAAACCACAAAAUGCUCAUAUUAGCAAGGCUUGCUUUAUCUUGUCAUUUCUCUGGACUGUUUAACACUUUAUGAAGCAACUAUAAAAGCAAACAAAUUUGCCUCUGCAAUUUAGGUGCUUAAGUCUUUAAAUGGAUAACACAGUCAGACCGUUUUCAUGUGAUCUAGUUACGAUUUUACCCUAAAGCUUAAAAAAAAAGCUGAAGACGAGUCAUGGAGUAAAUUCUGUAACCAGUAUCGACUCUUCCACAUUACUCAGUUAGUCUUUAAGUAUUUACACAUAUCAACAUUACUUUCUUUUAUCACUUAAAGUUUAAUGCACAAAAACAACAACCAUAAAGCAAACGAGAAGGUUUCAGAAAUGUUGCUGCUCGGACGCCUACAUACUUUAUUUUAGCCUCUCUCCAAUUCAAUAUUAGUCUGAAAAUCUCUGAAAUACAAGAAUGUCUAGCACAAAGAAUAAAUGUAGAUUUCUGACAGGCCGGCUUUGAAUUAUGGACAUUGCUAAGUGUCAUUGAAAUCCACGAAAGGUUCAGCCCCAUCCUUACAUAUACAAACUAUCCUGGCUUGUCUACAUAAUAGUAAUUUCUUAGGAAAUGCUUUUGCAAAUUGCUCAUAAGUGAUGGCCCACUUAAUUGCCUUCAUUCAGGCCCUUCAUUCUGUCUGUUAGAUCAAGAAAGAAAACAACAGGCCUGCAGCCGUCAUCUUCACCUGCUCGAUAGUGCCUCACGCCUAGAUGCACUAACAUCUAAUUAUUAGGCCUUCCACAGACCCGCUGGUCUGCUGCUACACUGGACUCUACUUUGCAUGCAAAUGUGUAAAUUAGGCAAAUCUUUUUGUAGGAAAAAAUAAUGAACACGCAUAAUGAAUAACAGGUGCUUAAAAAGAAAAUGCAUGAAUGAAUUUAUGAAAAAAAAGUUGCCUGGCUUUUUAAUAUGAGGAGACAUUACAUAUCAGUGGCGAACCAAAACCCAGGGCAGGACGCCUCAUGUUCUACAGUGUUUAUGGAUCAUUCCUGGACUGUAAUGAGCUUUGGAACAUUUCUAUUUCUGCAAAACUGGGCCCUAUCCAGCCAACUCGAGGAGGCAGCAAGGAUGGAGGACCAGCGUACGCCCCUACUGACUCGACACCUUUUCCAAGAAGUAAACGACUAAGUUAAAAGAAGACCGCGGUUGCACUCAACGAGUUUGCAAUGAGAUUACCUGUCUGAAUAAAACCUAUUUUUUUUAAAGUGGCCUUAACUUUCACACUUGUGGACUGGGGGGAUUUAAAUUGGGGAAUUUUUGUUGUUCUUGUUGUCUAUCAUUUUUGUGUGUGCUUUUGUCUAAAUGUUUCCCUCCAGUUAAUUGGGCAAUCGUUUCUUAAAGGUGGAGGCUGUAAUAUGUCAAGGCUUCUGUGCCUUAAAAUUGCCCAUUGGGAAAAAUAUUUGUACCCACUGUUGCAGGUCUUUUCUUUGGUACCAAACAAAUUCUGGUAGUGCUAGAAAAUUUGAGUUUUUUUAUUUGCAAAUAAUCAGCACUACCUGAAAUGAAUAACCAAGUCCUGAAAUGUGCGGUUUCACUGGGGUGUUCCAUUUUAUGUUGUUCGUCCUUAAAGUCCUAAAGCUACACAUUGACUAAAAGUUGUAAAAAGUAAUAAUUAAGGAAGGUUCAGCUGUAGUGCUACAGCAACAAAGUGCCCUGACUCCUAAUGGAUUUGUCCUGUAAGAAUGAGUUACUACAUGCACUUCCUUCCUCCUGGGAUUUCAAAAGACAAACCCAUAACCAUCCCAUCAAAAGCAUUUUUGAUUUCGAUAUAUUUAUAAAAUAUACUCUGUGUGUGCCUCACCUAUAUGUGAAAUGUAAAAAAAAAAGAAGAAAAAAAACCUGAAAUGAUCUAAGCUUGAGUGUGGGCUUUUUCACAGGAGGGGAGGGUGGGUUUCAAAUCCAGUUUGUUGAAGUUCACAUCAUUUGAGUUGCCUGUUCUUUCUUGUAGCCGACAAUUAAAGGUAAUAACAAGAGUCAAAAAUACAAUGUUCUAGCUAUAGACCGGUGUAGCACAUGUGUGACUGUAUUAAUUUAUAAAACCAAAAUGGUAACUGUGAAUUAUUGAAUUAUGUAUUUCUUUGUGCAUUUUUUAAAGUGGGAGAAGGUGAGAGGGGCCGUCACAGAGCCCUCAUUUGUUUUUGUGGAAUAUAAUGGACAUAAUUAAGUUGAAAAAAAAAAACAACAAAAGAAAGUAUCUAAAUAUAUUUUUUUUCUUAAGCAAUACAUUUCAGUGUGACUUGUGAUAGGACAUUUUCUUUUUUAGGUAAUAAAUUGAAACGAAGCAUAA